GUGGCGCCCCCGGCCGCCCCGGGCGGCGGCGCCUCGGACUGCGCGCUGCUGGGCGGCCUGCUCUCGGCGCGGGUGCCGAGCAGGUGUUGCGUCAGCAUGCAGGUGAUCUCGCAGCGCGCGCUUGGCAUCUACCACAUGUCGCCGCCCUGCCCCGCUGCCUGGGACUGCGAG